GUAAUAAUUGUAAUUUAAAAGGGACCUUGACCCGCGCUGUGAGUCAUUCUUGGCUGUCCAUCGAAAUUGAACGCAGCAAGUGUGAUAGGUACCUUUUCACUGGCGGUUUAUUUAGUAGUUUCAUAUUGUGUUGAAUUUUAGAUUUAUUAAGGGAUCUUAGAUAUAAUUUAGUUUUAUUUAUAUAUAUACAUUUAGUUAAAUGUUUUUAACGCUUAUCUAUGUAUUUAAAUUUCAGACCGAAAAAUGGAGCUACAAAAAAAAACUGUGUUCAGUCAUAUUUGACGAAAUGUCUUUAGAGGCUGGCUUGUCUUAUGACAAAAACAAAGAUAAAAUUAAUGGGUUAGUAGAGCUUGGCGAGAGAAAAAAUGAUUUCGCUGAUCAUGCCCUCGUGUUUAUGUUGAGAGGAGCUGUCCACAAGUGGCAGCAGCCAAUAGCCUUUUAUUUUUGCCAAGGCGCUACUAAAGGCACAGAAUUAAAAAGUAUACUCGUGGAUAUUAUCACAGCGGUUGUAGGAUGCGGGUUAAAGCCGAUAUCCCUUAUUUGCGACCAAGGGUCAGCUUUCCAAGCGGCUCUAAAUUGCCUGAAGGCUGACACAGCGCGUGACCAAUUACUGACAAAUCAGGAACCAGAUGGCACAGUAACAAUAAACGAAGUCAAACUGAUGGUUAUAUUCGACCCUCCUCAUCUUAUUAAAGGAUUGAGAAAUAAUUUUUUGAAUAAAGACAUUUCCUUUGAAGGAAAAUUAUCCACAUGGAGAGACAUCGUGGAUGUAUACGAAACGGACUGCAAUAAUAUGGAAACAAGAAUGCUGCAUAAGUUAAAUGACCAGCAUGUGAUACCUGAAAAAAUUAAAAAGAUGAAGGUCAAGAACUGUGUAAAAGUAUUUAGUUACACACUGUCUUCGGCUCUAUCUUACACAGCCAACUUCUCUCACUAUGCGGACGGCAGACCUGUGAGUGAAACAUUAAGAAACACUGCUGAAACAGUUUUGUUCUUUGAUAAAUUGUUUGAUAGCAUCAACGGAUCAGCAACCUAUUCACAAAAGAAAGGAAAAGAGCUACGCUGUGCAGUGACAGAAAAAUCUAAGCACCAUGAAUUUUGGCCGGAGAGCAUCGAGAAACUGGAAAAAAUUAAAUAUGUAGAUUCCAAGGGAAAUCCGAAAUCCGUGCCUUCCUUAAAAAACUUUAUUGCCACGGUAAAAACAUUCAUGAAGCUGUGGCAGUUUUUUAAGAGCAAAAAUAUGACAAUAAUGCGCCCAAGGUUCUUCAAUUCAGAUCCAAUUGAAAACUUCUUUGGCCAAGUCAGGGCCUAUAAUUAUAGGAACAACGACCCCAACUGCCACAGUUUCAAGAACACCUUUAAAUCAUUAUUGAUUACUAGAAUGAUAAAGUUUCAUGGUGACGCUUAUAAUUGUGAGGAUGACUCGGCAGACCAAAUAAUUAAUUUAAAAUCAUUAUUUGAAGAUAGUGAAACUGCUAGGGUCGAGCCGGGUCAUCCCAAAGUAGGAGAUGUAGAAGAUACUGUAGAAGAGGCCCAACGGGAGCAACUAAAUGUUCUCCAUUCGCGAGCGUACACUGCUGGAUGGGUGGUAACAAAAACAAUGCAGAAAUAUAAUAAUCAAUGUGACAGUUGCAGAAAAAGCCUUACUACUAAAGAAGGCGCAAUCCACAAAUGGAUUCAUCAAAGAGAGUAUGAUGCCGCCACGAAACGCCUUACUUACCCAUCCAGAGGUGCUGUUCGGUGUUUCGGUACAAUUAUUAAAGAAACAAACGGAUUCUUGGAACACCGAGCCCAUGAAUUAAAUCUGACGGCCAAAAUUAUGGAAAAAAUUUUGUUCAACAAUCCAUUUAGUUUCUUUAAAUGUACCACACACCGUGAAAUUUUGUCAUAUUUUAUUUCCGUGACAGUAAAGUUCUCGAUUACAAAUUGGUGCAAUAACAUUAAUAAAAUAUUAAAAGGAACGGAUAUUGUGCGGAUAAAAAACCGCACUUUGCCUGCGAUGCAGCAGAAAGCUUUUUUAAAAUAUAAGAAAAGACUGAGGAAUAAAUCGUUUAAUAAAUAAAAUUGUGUUUUAUUUAAAUUAUUGCGACAAGUGUAGUUCCCGGCAUUUAAAUUGAACACUGACUCAAU